CAAUACUCAUGCAGGUCCACUGGGCCAACACACCAAGCAUUCAGAGGGAUGCAGGAUUUUAGGUACAGACAAGAAUUUGUUGAAAUCUGUCGUCUUGGGAAAGGAGGAUUCGGUUCAGUAUUCAAGGCCAAAAAUCGACUAGAUGGUCGAGAGUAUGCUGUGAAAAAAGUCAAGUUUAAACAUAGAAAUGCAGGACUACUCUUAAAACUAUUACGGGAAGUAAAGGCAUUAGCAGGUCUCACACACAGCAAUAUUGUUGGCUACAAUGCAGCAUGGCUAGAACAUGGCAUUUCAGGUCCUCAAACCUCCAGCAACACCAGCCACACAUCAGAUGACAGUUCAUCAUUCACAGACCGUGAAAGCUUUGGUCACCAAGGCAACAGUCCAAGUGUCAGCAUAGUAUUUGGAAGCACCAACACAGGAGAUGACUUGGAUGACAGACAAGGCCCACAGAUCCUCGAACUGGAUCCAAAUUCUGAAAUAGGGCCCAACACAGAAUUAACAUCCAAAUACCUUUGUAUACCUCAAGCAUCACAUUCCAAGUCGUUGAGUGUGUUCCAACGACAGAAAAGUGCGAACAGUUUCUUCACUGCCACCAAAGUAUUGACACGUGGAGAUGCAGAGCCAAACCACAACACCAACACUGGUAGUGACGUGAUGUUCACCGAGAGUCAUUAUACAGAGAAUAAGGCAAUAACAAGCACAAGGAGGGUGUAUCGCAGGAGCAUCAGCUGUGAACCUAAUCCUAGUACUGAGAAGUCUUUUGGGAACACAAUGGAUCGAGAUGAUUUUUAUGGGCAAAUUUCACCUUUUGAUACCAGUGUCACGUUGUACAUACAGAUGGAGUUGUGUAGUCUCACCCUAGCUGACUGGCUGGUGCAGAGGAAUGAAGCAAUCAAAGACUCAGAUCUGAAAAUAAUUGGUAGUGAUAAUAUGAGGAUAUUUCAUCAACUUCUACGAGGGGUUGAUUACAUACACUCACAGGGCCUAAUGCAUAGGGAUCUGAAGCCGAGGAAUAUUUUCCUCCAAGGAUCAUCCCUCCAUGUGAAGAUUGGAGACUUUGGUCUAGCUACAGAGGACAUCAUGAGCAACGACAGAGAUACUGUGUUAUCUCCACCUGCGUAUAAAGAAGUGUUCAAGUUCGACCGUCACACAGCUGAAGUGGGGACUCUGACAUAUGCUGCCCCAGAACAACUGAAAAGAUGCAUGUAUGACAAUAAGUGUGACAUCUUCAGCCUGGGAGUCAUUCUGUUUGAGCAGUACAAUCGCUUUGUGACAGAGAUGGAGAGACACGAAGCUAUCACAAGUCUCAAGAAGGGAGAUAUACCCGAGGUAUUCUCCCAACACUGGCCAGGGCAGGCGAAGGCAGUGUUCAAGAUGACUCACACAGAGCCCCCAGAACGUCCAUCAGCCAAAGACCUCCUCACAAGUGACCUCUUCCUUACAAAGGGAAAGAUCAUACACAACCUUCAGAGGAAGGAAGGUGUCAGAGCAGGAGGGCGACCUUGA